AUGCGGCUCGCCUCGCGCCUCGCGACGGCAAUGAUAGGGGCGGCCCGCGGCCUGUCCCGGUCGUCGCCGCGCAUGAGUUCGCUCAGCAGCGCCCCGACCGUCGCGCUCAACGACGGCACGAGCCACCCGCAGAUCGGCUUCGGGACGUACAAGGUCGGCUUCAUCCCCGCCUCCGCCUCGGCGGCCGUCGCCGGCGCCGAGGAGAGCGGCGGCGAGGUCGCCACUGCCACGGACAUCGUCGGGGACGCGCUGGACGUCGGGUAUAGGUUUCUGGACUGCGCGCAGUUCUACGGGAACGAGGUCCAGGUCGGCGAGGCGAUUAAAACAUCAAAAAUUCCCCGGUCGGACUUAUACUUAGCCUCGAAGUGCUGGUCCGAUGCGAUAUAUGACGGGCCGGCCGCCGUCCGAGCGCAAGUCGAGCGGUCGCUGCGUGAUUUAAACACGGAGUAUCUCGAUUUGUACCUGGUCCACUGGCCCGUGCCGGGGAAGCACGUCGCCGCCUACCUCGAGCUCGAGAAAUGCCAAGCGGAAGGCCUCGUGAAGUCCAUCGGCGUCUCCAACUACGCCGUCGAGGACAUCGAAGAGCUCCUCAGGGAGGCGUCGGUCGUCCCGGCCGUGAACCAGAUCGAGUUCAACCCCUUUUUGUAUAGAAGGAAGACGCUGGACUACCUCACGAAGAAGGGCAUCAAAAUCCAAGCGUACCGGGCGCUGCGCGACGGCAAGGCAUUCGACGACCCGACGAUCAACGCCGUCGCGAGUAGGCACGGCGCGACGCCGGCCCAGGUACUGGGCGCCUGGUGCGUCGCCAAGGGCGCCAUCUACAUGCCCAAGUCGACGCGGCGGGAGCGCAUGGUCGAGAACGCGGACGUUUUUGACCUGGCGGCGGCGCCGACGCGACGACUUUUCCAGGCUCGACGCGCUCACGACGCCCGGGCCAUCGCGGCGUACAAGGCCCCUACUUAGGUGUCGUCCGCGACACUCCCUUAGACGAGUCUGAUCCGGGCAUCAAGCGGGAUAUCACGGCCGGC